AUGGCGAGCUUCGCAAGAGGCUUUCGCCUCGCCUUAUGUCCUCGAGCGACCUUCAUUCCCCGAAGUUUUCUGCCCGAUCUCUCCACCGCUCAAUCUCGACCCUUCACAUCAUCCCUCAGACUGCGGGCUCCUACAACACUAAAACCCCAAGCCAAAGUACCGAAAGACGUCAAACCGAAGUCACCAGCCGGCCAAGCGACUCCCCCCUCACCGGCGGCUUCAUUGGCCCCUACCCGAUAUGCCUUUGUCAAGAGCCUGGCAUCGAAGCCCACACCGACACUUCUAUAUGAGGCGCCUUCGCAUUUCUGGUUCUACUUUGGCUGCUGGUCGAGUGGUCUCUCUAUACUGGCCUGGACGGUGUUGACGGGCCCAACGGCUGUGCAACAACCAGAAGGCAUUCCGGUGUGGGUUGGAUAUACAUUUGCAGCGUCUUACGCCCUGCUCGGCGCCAUGGGCUUCUAUCUCAUCUCAAAGACUCCCAACAUUGUCAGCAGUAUUCGAGUGCUGCCACCCGUCCAAACAGCUGGUCAGGCAGCAGGUCAAACAGCCGCACGACCGGGGAUUGCCGCCAACCUGCCCCAGCUUGAAGUGAGGGUCAAGCGAAUGUUCCCCUUGCUUCAGCCCAAGGUCAUCACUACAAGUCUCGACAACGUCACGCUCAAGACCCGCUUCUCACUUCCGAGCGAAUACGUACCAGAGCUGAGACGACUGGAGAAGCAAAUGGAAGAAGAGGCGCGGAAGAAGGCCUUGUGGAAGUUUGACACGGAGCACCUCCUCACCAUGCCCUUCCGCAGGAUUGGCCGCGCAUUCAUGAACCUGUUCAAGGGCGUAAGAGCGGCAUGGACGGAUGUGGGAUAUGGCAUUAUUAGGGUGGAUGGGAAGCAGUACAAAGUCGACGUCACCAAGGGAUACGCUCACGAUGGGUUCCGAACCCUGGAGCGGAUUGUAAACAUAGGCUGGAAAUGA